CAAGUGCGACAGCAAUCCAGAACUAAACCCUAGACUAUAUUACACCCUGACUCCUAUGUUCAAGAUAUCCGUGUGUGUCUGUAUGUCUGUUUAAAUUAUCUGACCUGUGACGACCGUUCCGAUUAUAUUACAACUACAAGAGGGAUUUAACUAACGCAGGCCUGCAGUAACAUGGCUGGGGACCAGAGGCACACGAAAAGAACGAAAUAGACCAGGCACGAAUAUUUACAAGGACUUAUAUUGUUUAGAGGCAGAAAACGGACAGACCGCCAUAAUGAAGGAGACAGUGAUUCAAAUAUUUACACUACUGAUCAUGAUGUGUAUCAUUUUAACGAUCAUCCUUUUCCGGUGGGAGAAUGAGAUACGCCAAACAUUUCUGGAGAAAAGUCCAUCUAAUGCGCUGGGAAGACAAAGAAACUCUCUCCGAGAUUCACUUGCCAAUUUAGAAAGAAAUACAACUUCAAGAACAAACUGCAAAAGUCCAAAUUCAAAAGAUUGUGACCCAAACGACAGCCAUAUUGAACACCAGCAGCCUUCGUUAAACGUUUUGAAACGAUCUUCAAGUGAUAAAAGAUAUCGCAAUAUAAAGAAGUUUGGAAAUAAUUCGCAAAUGAAUUUAUUUGCUUUAAGUUUGAAUCACUGGGGUCAGGAUGUGUAUAAUGGAAAUGAUGGCCAAAAUUCUGAUACAGGUCACAAAAUGGAUGCCAUCAAUGGCACAGGUUCGAAGCUAGGGCCAAAGCCGAAUACCACUGCGGGUGUUUCUACUGGAUCUAUAAAGGGUUUGAAUUUUAAUAAUCACAGCAAAUUCAACGAGGACGUAAAAAUGCUGGGGAAGAGAUAUCUAGUUUACGACUGCAGCAAGUCUCACAAGGAGCAUUGUGGCGGAUGGUCAGACCGACUCUCCGGGAUCCUCUCAACGUUUGUACUUGCUUCUCUCACAAACAGGACGUUCAAGAUUAAUUUCGAUACACCGUGUGUUCUUUCGGAAUACCUCCAACCUAAUAUAUACAACUGGACGAUCGGGCAUUCGGAAUUCAAGAAUAAAUCUUCAUCAUAUCAUGUUCUCUCGAAUAGCCUUUUUCAUAAAAUGGGGAAAGACCUAACAUCGGAAGGAUUGAGAAAAUAUUUCCAAGCUGAUGUCUGCUUCGUUCGGAUGAAUUGGGAUCUUACACGACAAUUUAGAAAAUAUCCAAACAUUCAAAAAUAUGUUUCUUGGAUAACAGAGUUGCAUUUUUCAGAUAUCUAUUUCAAGCUGUUUGAUACUUUAUUCAAACCAUCACCAGAAAUUGUAAAAGACUUGGAUACUAUUCGCAAAAAUACUUCAAGAAGCAAAACUGCUUGCGCUCAUUUGCGAAUAGGUGGAAAUCCAAGCAUGCGAAAUGACCAUCCGCGAAUUGACAAAAACGCUCUGAAGACAAUAUGGUCUUUUCUUGAUCAGUUUGACUCAAACAUUUACAAUAUAUUUGUAGCAACAGACGAUGAGACCGUCAGGAAAACAGCCAGAGAGAGAUAUAAGAAUACCUUUAUCGACAUCCAGGGAAGUAUCAUGCAUAUUGACCAGUCUAGUUAUCGUCAAGGAGAUGUUUGUGAGGGAUUUAAGAAGCAGCUGUUGGACUUUCUGUUCUUGACCAAGUGUGACGUUUUAGUGUUAUCUAAUAGUGGGUUCGGAAUGAUGGCAGCUUAUCUCCGGACACACACGUCCGGACUUCACUGCUGGACAGAUACUGGUGUUGUCCCCUGCUCCCGCUACACCGUACAUGACUUUUAUCCCCUACCCAUUCUCGCGCCAGAGUGACCGAUAUAUUACCCAUGGUAAAAACGGAGGUCUUUAUAUUCGGAACACUUGCCCCGAUCAAUCGGAACCCCUUGUCAUUUUCUCCGAAAAGCCUUAGACUGGAUUAUCUGCCGUAGUUUUUCUACUCUCCGCUAGGCUUCGCUUCGAAAUACAAGUAUUCAUGAGCGCAGCCUAGCGGAGACAAAUGGUACUAAGGCAGGUAAUCCAGUCUACGAAAAGCCUACGUUCGCACGUUUCGCAGACGGAAGCGAGGUAUUCCGAUUGAUUUCAUUAAAGCACCUCGCUCCGAUCACAGUACCUUUCGUCAUUUUAAGGGUCAUCUUAAUAGCCAAUCUCGUGAUAUCUCAAGUCCACAAAUCCCUACUCUGGUGCAAUUAUUUAAAUAGGCGUAACUUGAUCAAUUGUUAGUAUGUACCAUAGCUAACCAUGGAUCUAGCUGUUGACGUGUAAUUCGUUAAACUGUUUGUUAAUUAUGGCAAAACAAGCGUAAAAGGCAUGUUUCAGAAUACAAUUACCUCAUCUGCAUCACAUAUAUUGAGAAAAAAACGUUUAUUCUGUUUCGACCUUGAAUGCAAAUGCCGAUCACAAAAAUAUAACGCAUAGAAAAGUACUUCAAUCUAUGAAGAACUAUAAAUAAUGAGACUGCUUUUUUGGAAAAGCCCCAAACUCCACAGUUUGACUAAUUUCUUAAAAAAUCAGUUUUGCUAUGUUGCGUGAUUGAUAGGUUUGCAGAUAUACAAUGUAUCUCUGGAUAUGCUAAUUAGAUUACCCUUACGGUGAAACUGGUUCUACAUGUACAUGUAGUUCCAAACAAAUUCUGAAAACUUCCCAUUUUUCCAUAAACCGGUCCCAAACAAGAUUUAAACUUAACAUGCGAUUCUAUCAACUGGUUAGUAAAACUAAUCGAACUCAGAGGGGAUGGUAAUCGAUCUCGGAGGGGAUGAUAAUCGAACUCGGAGGGGAUGAUAAUCGAACUCGGAGGGGACGAUCAUCGAACUCAGAGAGGAUGAUAAUCGAACUCAGAGGGGAUGAUCAUCGAACUCAGAGGGGAUGAUCAUCGAACUCAGAGGGGAUUAUAACCGAACUCAGAGGGGAUGAUAAUCGAACUCAGAGGGGAUGAUCAUCGAACUCAGAGGGGAUGAUCAUCGAACUCAGAGGGGACGAUCAUCGAACUCAGAGGGGACGAUCAUCGAACUCAGAGGGGAUGAUAAUCGAACUCAGAGGGGAUGAUAAUCGAACUCAGAGGGGAUGGUAAUCGAACUCAGAGGGGAUGAUCAUCGAACUCAGAGGGGAUGAUAAUCGAACUCAGAGGGGAUUAUAAUCGAACUCAGAGGGGAUGAUAAUCGUACUCAGAGGGGAUGAUCAUAGAACACAGAGGGGAUGAUCUGAUUUAAUGAAAAAGACUUUUAUUCUGGAUAAUUCUUGUUUCUUUUUAGCAGUUGCAUUGAAUAAUAUACUCGACCACCAUGUAAUAUUUUGAAGCAAAAAAUAACAUUUGAAUAGGUCGAGAGACAAGUUUUUGUUAUGAACCAUAUCUAAAACGACAAUUGUAGUCUGAAACUGUAAACCAAAACCUACCCUAGUUAAUUUGCAAACAAAUUUGUCCUUUGAUGACAACAGCGGAAUGUCGUCAAAAAUGACUGCAGCGAAUCGGUCAAGAUUCUCCGAGAUGUGGUUAUUUAUAGAAGGUAUAUUUCCUCUUUCUAUUAACGUUCCUCAGCAUAAAGUUUUACAUAGGAACGCGUUACUGAUUUAGGCCAAACAAAGUUAUUUCUCCGUUAAAUCAAAUAACUCGUUUCCAUGGGGUAAAUAAGGUUAAUCUUUAAGUUAAGGAACGUUGAUGAAAACCAUGACAAGACAUUACAUUUAUCAGUUUGACCUUGUAUCGGUCAGCUUUUCAACUAAACCACAAUACUAUUGGAUUUACGUUCCCGGUGAUACCAAUAAUGUGUAAGAAGUUGAGUUCAAGAAAGAGUAACCUUAUGUGGUAGUCAUUAUAUCGAGUCGAUGGCAACUCCCAGAGUCUACGAUCAAAUAAGUUUUGGAACGAAUUCGUUAUUUUUCACAGUUGUAAUCACGCGAAUACAUUUCUCCGACGUCUUGUAUAUCGUACAAACGUAGAGACAGGCGAUGUCCUAAGAAUGAGGUGUAAGUGUCGACAAUUCUGAGAAUUGAUUCAAUUUGCACGCAACCAAUUGGUUGGAGAUAAACGUCCGAAUUGCAUGUUUUUUCAUUAUAUAAUUUAAUGAACUUACCUGUUAUACUCGAUAAAGAAUUUCCCUUACGUCCCAGUGUUAAAGGACAGUGUGAUCUCGGUUUUGGCAGGGUAUCCACAACUCAAUAAGAAUUUGUCCUAAAACAAAAUCAUUUGUCUAACAUUGCAGGUGUCGUCUAUGUCACAGGUAACACCCGUACAGGUCGUAUUCUUCUUGAAAUUUUGUCUCUAUACAAUUUUUUUUUUUUUUUUUUUUUUCCAUUUUUUUCAUUUUUUCCCCAUUUUUGCGUAUCUUGCUUUUGUUUUGUCAGUAUUGAGCCCCAUUUUAAAUAUCGUAUUCUAUAUUUUUAUUGUACAAAGGUAUGUUUGAAUAAAGGUUUGUUGUAUUUUCUGGUCAAGGUAUGAUAAUUGCAAUCAAGAAGUCUGCAAUCAAGAUGUCGGCAUUCCGAAAUCAAGAUUCAUUAGAGCAGAGACCUACAUAACUAUCCAUUAUAAGCCUCUGAUCACUGGCAAAAUCCAGGAGAGUCAAAACGCAGGUCAGUGAAACGUGUCAUCAAAAAGAAACAAAAUGAUUUACAAAUCUAUUUCUGAAUUUCAACAACACUUAGAAUAAAGACAAUGCCACACAAACAAGUGAUUCAUGUUAUAAGUAACUUUAUUGCUAAGCAAUGUAGACAGAUAAACGUUAUAGACGUAAACAUCAGGUUACAUUGGUUAUCUGGCAGCUACAUAAAUAGUAACAUGUACACAAAGGUCAACAGGGUCACCAUAAGGUCACCCUGAGGUCAACCUCUGAUAAACCAUUAGAUAUUUACUUCAAUUUAGUAUUGAAAAUAUCAAUGGGAGAAAUAAUUUCAUUUUUUCUCGAAAUGUUUUUCUGGUUAAGAAUAAAAAUUCAUUUUUCAACAAUACAUGUAUUUCAUAAUUGAUCAGAUUUAAUUUGGUAAUGGUUUUGAUAUAAACUCAAAUGUUUUACCUAAUAUUACACAUACUUAGGAAAAAAUAACUGAAAUCCAAUCAAUCCAACAUUCAAUCAGUUCCCCAUAUUUCUGGGACUCUAAAUCUUCAAUCAUGAAAUACCAAUACAUGUACUUCAAAUAUAAACUUAAAUGUUCCUUGUUUUAAACUCCCGUUCCCCUUUUUAAAUUUAAUUUGAAGUUUUGUGUAAGCUUCUUUUUUAUUUAGUAUCCAUUAGCCAUAACUCCAUGGAGUAUAAUGAGAUUGGUAAUGAAAAUGAAAAUUUAUAAUUUAUAUGUAUUAGACUUUCUUCCCUUAAUCAAUAUUUCAUUAAUAACAGUUUUUGAUAAAUGAUGACAUUAUAACAUUUGAUAUUUAAUUUUUCUCUUGACAUACACAUUUUACUGGAUGUCUUGAUAAAGAUUCAUAAUUGAUAAGGCAACAUACUUGAACAAAGGCACUUUCUAGUACAAUGAUGGACUGCGUUAUACAGAUAAAUAUAUUAUAGGGUCAAAUACUGAUACACAGCAACAGUUUUGAUCCAUUUCUCAAAUAAAUUAACCCAGCAUCAAAAAGCAGAGUCAUUAAUUAUUUGUCGUUAAGUUAUAUUAAAAUAUAUAUUUUCCAUAUGUACAAAAUCAUAUCAUUUUCACCUAUUAUUAUUUUCACAACAUCACAGGUUUUUCAAUAUACAAAAUGUAAUAAUUCCAUCAGUUC